AUGAAUAGAGCGAUAUUACGGGGGUCUUGGUGUCGCCCGCAGGUGAUUCGCUCACUUUCAUUCCCUAGCACCUCCAAGUCUCGUCGGACACUCUCUGCUCAUUCGAUUUGCAAUGCCAAUGACCGCAGCUUUUCGUCAAAGUCUCGCUUCCACUCUGAACAGUCGCCUGUGACUCCCCCUAAUUCGGCUUCUGGAUCGGACGAAGGUAGUAAAACAUUGUCAGGGAAUGAGAAGUUGACUUCGUCUAGCCAUGUACCAUGGUAUCUUCAAGAAUCGCCGCCCAUUUCCGAGUCGCAGCAGAUGUCAUCUCGAGAUCAAAUUCCAGAUCUACCAGAGAAUCCCCCAGAAAUUCUUCCCGUUCUUCUAGACUAUGUUUUUAAAGAUCUUGGGUUGGACAAUUUGAAAUUGAUUGAUUUACGGCCCUUGGAGAGCCCGCCUCCCCUAGGUGCCAAUGUGAUCAUGAUCAUCGGGACGGCACGGAGUGUGAAACACUUGAAUGUUUCGGCAGAUCGCCUUUGUCGAUGGCUGAGAAGUACCUGGAAGCUGUCGCCAUAUGCAGAUGGAUUGCUGGGGCGGAAUGAGCUUAAAAUCAAGCUCCGACGCAAAGCCCGCCGGGCCAGGAUUGCAAGCCAGACGGGAGCAAUGGUCGAUGACAAAGAUGACGGAAUCACCACGGGGUGGAUUUGUGUCAAUGCAGGCGUUGUUGAAAAGGGCCCUGUCCCGCAACAAGAAAUGCAAAACUUUGAAGGAUUCGGUCACAUUACGGGAGACACUCGCGUCGUGGUACAGAUGUUCACGGAGGAGAAGCGAGCCGAGGUCGAUCUUGAAGUCCUAUGGCAAAAAACCUUAGAUCGAGAUAAACGCGAGAAACAGAAGCGUGCCGAGGUCACUUCUACCGCACCUCUUGAAGAGGUUCGUGCUUCCAUAUCGGUACACCCAUCAACUUCUGACCAUCAUUAUGGACAUUGCCCCAGGUCUCCAGCGAGCCUUCCAGUCGAACAGAGGAGGCGAUUCCACAGCAGCCUCACUCUCCGCAUUCUCCCAACCGGGCAGGGCCUCGGUAGUACGCCCAACCCCUCAUCAAACUUAGAUUCUGCUUUCACCCAGACCCAUCCCAAUUCGUUUUUUAGUGUGUCUACAGAUUCUUUAUUGCGACAUUUAUCGGGAUUGCCAGACGAGGAUUUUAGAUAUGAACUGGGUCAGGGCCCGGGCGAUGCCUCAACAUUGUUUUUGCGGCAGUUUCUUGAACAGCUAACAGGUGUAUCCGCAGAGGAAAAGGCUAUAUCCAACAUCAAAUUAUUGUGCGUGGCGAUUUCUCGGCAACAUCCGGCAUAUAGCAAGGAGGGCUUGCUGGAGGCUUUUGACUAUUGUACCGCAAUGGGCUAUUCUAUCUCCGAUGAGUUGGGCUUUCAGGUUGUUUCUACCUUGUUGACCGAGCGGCCCACGGGGUUACUACCGGACAAGGAUAAAGAAACGGCUCUUGACAUUCUAGAGUACCUGUCAUUUCAGGGCACAGAUGUGUUGAACAUGAAAGUGUUCAACAUGAUCUAUAAAGUCACAACUCGAGUCUCCGAUGUCACGUCGCCGGAAGAUGCACAAGAAAGACUAGCAUCCAAUAAGGCCGCAGGACUCCGGAUUUUGCGGAUGAUCGACAUGCUUCAAGUUCCCUUUGACCCCGAGCAAGCCCGUAUCUUGAUGGUCCGUCUAUUCCAGAAUCAAGACUACGAGGGAUUCUGGAAACUGUGGCGCAAGCUUCCGCUCAAUGAUAGUCCUCGUACUGUGGCUGACUAUGAGCUUCUCUUUCGGCUCCAUAUUGACCUCGGAGACCAAUCCCGCGCGCACCAAUGCCUGUCAACUUGGUUUCCUAUGAUGAGUCGGGAAGACCCGCCGAUUCCUUUGCAAGGACAGCUCCUACAGGAUAUCCGGUACUGUAUUAUACUGGCGGAUCCGGAGAUUGAGGACAAGGUGGCAGAUGGAUCUACUUGCCACCUGGCGCGGAUUUGGAGGGAAUGCGAAAGGACGAGGGCUGCCUGA